CCACAAAAUGUCACUGGUUGGGUGGAGUACUGGACAUAUAUAACGGACUGCUACUUUUCUUUUUUUCUUUUGAAAUCAACGGACUACUACUUUUAAAUCUAUUUUUGGCAUAAGGUUAAAAAAAAAGAAAGCCCCUGAAUUAAUCAGGGACGUGCACUUAGAUCCUUAUUCAUCCAAAUCGGCUCAAUAUUACCCUUUAUCUUUUUAAAACGGUUCGAUUAAACUUAAAUUUAUAAGAUCUGUCGAGUUCUGUAUGAGAGAUAGGGUCUACUUAAACUAUAAACCAGUAGUAUUAUAACACGUGGUUUCUUCUUUAUUUUUUGUUUGAAAAUAAAAUUUAUAACAAAAACACUAAAUUAAACUAAUUAAAAUUAUAAAAAGAAACAAACUAAAAGACAUAUUUAAGUUAUUAAAGAAAGGCAUUGCGGUCACUAUCAGCACCAAAUGCCCAAAACAUUACAAAAAUCUAUCAAACGUAGAAUAAAAUAAUCUAUAAUAAAAAAUAAACAAAAGAAUUUUAUAGUAAGAACAAGAAGAUGAAAAUACAGAAUGCAAUCUUAAUUAAAAAAUACAAAGCACGAUAUUCUCAUCAUCUGCUGUUCAUCGCUUCUUCAUCAUUGGCUGUAAAGAAAGAGGGCGGUGAAGGAUUGAGAUAUUAGGUUUAUUUUCAUUAAUCUAUAUUUCAUCAUUCAAUUUAAUUAGGUUAGUGUUCUUGUUUUCUUUAAAGAAUAAAUAUUUAAUUGCACAUAAGUUUAUGAAUUUCUUUUAGAAAUUUUAAAGAAAAUAAAAACUGAUGUAUUGUUUUAAGGUGGAUACUAAUAAGUUGGAAGUUGAGAAAUAAAUUAUCAGCAUAUGCUCAAAGUAGAUGUGAAAUUUGCUUUGAAUCUGAAGGAUAUGAUAUGAUUAGAUUUUGAUGAAGAGAUACAGUCUUGUUUUUGAAAAGGGAAGCAGAUAAGUUUGGUGGCUACUUCUCGCUCAUUUUUGAGGUAGAUUACAAGAUAUUCACAAUUUCAGGUUCCUAUUCCUAUGAUGGAUGCCCAUCUCCUUUCAUCUCCUAUCCACAAUUUCCUCAGAUUUGAUCCUUCUCCUCCUACUCCUACGUUACAUUUACAAUUACAUUCCCGGCGGCGUUCCCUUACUCCUCUACGGUUGCUCAAAUCUGCUCAUUCCGCAUUCCCCCUCCAACCGCUCGAUGAAAUUCCUCUCUCCGAUACCUUUGCUUGGAACAAUCUUAUCCACUCCCAUUUGACCAAUCGAGACCCCUUUUCUGCUCUCUCCAUUUAUCUUCACAUGCUCCUCCGGGGUGCUCUUCCUGACAGACGCACUUUUCCCCGUGUUUUAAACGCCUCUCGCCUUUCCACCAACCUCUUUCUUGGCAAACAGAUUCAUGCCCAGGCUCUUAAAUUCGGAUUCUCUUCUGAUCCCUACGUCAUUUCUUCUUUAAUUGAUUUCUAUGGCCAUCUCGAUUCCACUGACGCUGCUCGAUCCCUGUUUGAUAAUUCUCCUUCCAAGAAUUCUGUUUCUUGGACUGUCCUCGCUAGGUUGUAUCUGAUGCAAAAUAAGCCCGACGUUGUCCUUUCUUUGUUUUAUCAAAUGCUUGAUUUCAAUUCUCUUUUUGAUCCUGUAGCUUUGGCAACAGCCCUUCGUGCCUGUGGUAUGUUAAGAUCAAUGCAUCAUGGGAAAAUUCUUCAUGGCUUUGCCAAGAAAUGUCGAUUGGAGUUUGACAUUCUGGUUAGCAAUUCACUCUUGAAAAUGUACGUUGAUUGUCACUGUAUCGAAGAUGCUCGGGCUACUUUCCAUCAAAUGCCAACUAAAGAUAUUAUUUCAUGGACUGAAAUCAUAAAUGGGUAUGUAAAGAUAGGGGAAUUUAAUGAAGCUCUCAAAUUGUUUCGACAGAUGAAUAUUGCUGGAAUCAGACCAGACUCGCUCUCACUCUCUACCAUUCUCCCUGCUUGUGCAAGACCAGCAGCUCAUAAGCUUGGGAGAGAGAUUCAUGCUUACUUGCUAAGAAACGGUAUAGAACUCAAUCUUAUGCUCCAAAAUGCUCUUAUUGACAUGUACGUUAAAUCAGGAUUCAUGGAGUCAGCUUCGUUGAUUUUUGUUCGGAUGAAGGAGAAGGAUGUAAUUUCAUGGACUGUGAUGAUAUUAGGCUUUAGCUUACACGGCCAAGGUGAACUUGGAGUAGAGUUGUUCCGCAGGCUGGAGAAAGACCCCAGCAUAGAGAUUGAUCAAUACAUUUAUGCAGCUGUCCUCCGUUGUUGUACUACUGCGUGCAUGGUUGAGGAAGGAAAGUUAUACUUUGGUUGUAUUAAGGAACCUAAUGUCACACAUUACGCCUUGAUGGUUGCUCUUUUAGCUCGAGCAGCACUUUUUGACGAAGCAACCACAUUUAUUCAAGAGCAUCAGAUUGGAGGAUGUGGAGAGGUACUGAGAGCACUGCUAGAUGGGUGCCAAAUCCACCAGCAAGUGAAAAUAGCAAAGCAGGUUAUUGAGCAACUUGGUGAGUUGGAACCUCUUAAUGCUGAAAACUACGUGUUACUGUCCAAUUGGUAUGCUGCCAACACAAGAUGGGAAAAGGUCGAAAAAUUGAAAGAAAAGAUUAAAGCUAUGGGUUUGAAGAUUAAGAAAGCUUAUAGUUGGAUAGAACACCGCAAUAAGGUGCACGCAUUUGCAACAGGAGAUUUAUCCCACCCAAGAUCAGAGAUAAUAUAUGGGAAGAUACAAUGUUUAAUGAAGGAACUGGAAGUUAGAGAACACGGGCUUGCUCCCAUUUUUAGCCUCCAUGAUGUAGAAGAAGAGCGGGAGUGCACUCAAAUUAAGCACAGUGAAAUGUUGGCUCUUUGUUUCGGGCUCAUCAGCACACAGGCAGGGGCAACAAUUCGGGUCGUCAAGAACCAUCGUGUGUGCCACAGCUGCCAUGAGUGUGCAAAGACUAUUUCUAAGAUAGUUGAGAGAGAAAUAAUAAUAAAAGACUCGUAUUGCUUCCAUCAUUUCAAGGAUGGAAUUUGUUCCUGCAGAGAUUUAUGGUGAUUCAGUUUUGAUUUCUUGAUAAUUUUUACUUCUUUAAGGUCAUGAAAUUCUUGAGCUGGGAAUUUCUGUGACAUUGGAUGUUAAACGCAAUAAUUUGGAAAAGAAAACCUCCAUAAGUGCAGGUGGAUGAAAUGGAAGAAGAUUUAUUUCCUGGACUUCAUAGGUUAGCAUAAAAAUCUGAAAAUCUUUUCUUGUUUGGCAGUACGGCCAAGCAGUAGCAGAUUGUUUAGCCAAGGUAAAAUACUUUCCAGGGGAGUUGGACCAAUGGGGAAAGUAGGGUUGCCAUGCUCUAUCUCCGCUCCGCUCCCCAAUUCAUUGCCAGAGAUUGUCCAAGUCAGCAAAAGAAGAAAAUAGCAUGGUUUUACAAAUUGAAAUUGCGGGGAGUUUCUUAAUUUCUGUGAUUGGUUAGGGGGUUGUGUUUUGGUGAAGUUGGAACAUAGGUCUUAAUAUGUUCAAUUAUUGAUGUGGGAGGCCAGGUAGCAUAUGUUUUUGAGUUCGUUGGACAAGAACAAAAUAAGACUGUAUUUGGAAGAGGGUCAAGCAGCUUUGUUGCGAGGAAAUCAGAGCUAAAGAACAUCAGAUAUCCUCUCAGAUGCCAGAGCUUCAGAAUGAAGAUGAGAUUAAGAGAUCCUCGUUCACAAGCAGUUAGUAAAAAUGAAUCGAUGGUGGAGGAGGUUACCAACAAAAGAUGCAAAUACGAAAAAAAUAUGCUUUUCCUACAAUAAUAUAUUCCCAUGGGUAUCAUAUCAUAAGAUUGUGUUGCUCAACUUGAGUGAAACUGAAAGUGAUAGACAGCCAUUUUACUGUUAAUUAGUUUUGCAAUCACAACAUAAACCGAUUGUUUCUUGUGAUGGUGGUCCACUGAUGAAUAAAUGAGCAAAUAUAUUGUAGUGGACCACUCACUAUUCCAUUCCAUUUACUUUUCUAUCCUUAACUCCCCAUCAUCGAAUUUGUCUAUCAUUCUUCAAUUUCACAUGUGUAACAGUAUUAAUACAUUAAAUUCGCAGUUUCCACAUAAGUUCUCUGUUCAAAUCAGGAUUUUUACCCAUUGUUCAGAGAACAUAUUCGGAAAGGCAACAAUUUCAACAUAUUGCCCACUUCAGUAUUCUUUCAUCAUCCACCUUCACCAAA